AUAUAUAUAUAUAUAUAUAUAUAUAUAUAUAUGUAGCACUUUACAUUAAACAAAACUGCUGGUCAAGCUGUGGAAGCUAAACCAUAAUUAUUUCCGCGGUCAGCUGCUACUGAUAGAAUCCACCGUUUCUCUCACCGACCUGUUACCCAUCACAGCUUUCAUGUCCGCUCCUUUUCUGAUUGCCGCUGUUGUCGGCGGUGGGGUCCUGCUCCUUAUGCGCCGUUUAUUCCCGCGUCAGAAAGCCGUUAAAUUGCUCCGGUAUCCAGCAGAUACUAUGCGAGGAAAGACAGUAAUCGUGACCGGGGCGAACAGCGGGAUAGGGAAGGCCCUGGUUGGGGAGCUUCUGAAGCUCCAUGCCCGGGUCAUUAUGGCCUGCCGAGACCUAAGGAGCGCCGAGGAGGCAGCCCAGGACAUCAAGAAGCAAGCGGGAUCAGAGCAGGGGGAGGUGGUCAUCAAACACCUGGACCUGGCUUCUCUUAGAUCGGUCCGAAAUUUCUGUGAGGAAGUGACUCAGGAGGAAUCCAAGAUCGACGUGCUCAUCAACAACGCCGGUAUCUACCAGUGUCCCUACACAAAGACGGACGAUGGUUUUGAGAUGCAGCUCGGUGUUAAUCACCUGGGUCACUUCCUCCUCACUCACCUACUGCUGGAUCUCCUGAAGGCUUCAGCUCCCAGCCGCAUCGUUGUGGUUUCGUCUAAACUUUACAAAUACGGCCAGAUCAACUUCGAUGAUCUGAACAGUGAAAAUAACUACAAUAAGGCCUUCUGCUACAGUCAGAGCAAGCUGGCCAACUUGCUGUUCACACUCGAGCUGGCCCAUCGGCUCGAGGGGACGGGGGUCACAGUCAAUGCUCUCACCCCGGGCAUCGUGAGGACCAGACUAGGCAGACAUGUUCAAAUCCCCCUCCUGGCAAAGCCGCUGUUCCACCUCGCCUCAUUGGUCUUUUUCAAGAGUCCAUUGGAGGGGGCCCAGACUCCUCUCUAUCUGGCCUGCUCCCCAGAGGUGGAGGGAGUGUCAGGGAAGUGCUUCGCUAACUGCGAGGAGGAGGAGCUGUUACCCAAAGCCACAGAUGAGGAGGCAGCCAAGAAACUGUGGGACAUAAGCAGGAGGAUGGUUGGACUCGCUGACUGAGCAGAGUCCAGUUCUGUGGAUGGACUUGGGGGGGACUUAAGUGUUCUUGGACCAUAGUUAAUCUCUUGCAGCCCCACAGACACCAUUCUCCAAGAGUUUGCUUGCAAAAAAAAAAGAAAAAAAACUAUUUCCAUCUUGGGGAUAAGAACAUUAAUUGAACAGCAUAUUGUGCCAGUGAAGUGGGAUAGUGGUCUGUGUGCAAGAGUGCCACCAAGCUUAAAGACUGUAUAAAGAGUUUAAUUUAAACGUGUGCCUUUCAAAGUGAUACUUCAAAUUAAGGAAGCACUGCUACACGAAGUGAUCUUUUUUCUCAAUAACCCUCCAGGUUCACCUCUCCCUAAUUCUUGAUAACCAAAAAACUUUCCAGUUUACACACUAUUUAAGAAAUCAGCUUACUAGAGGAAGACAGCUGUAGCGGGGUUAUAUAAGUGCAUGUAAAUACAUUAAAUAAAACACUCACUCCUUUGAAAGAUUCUCAGUAAGGGAAGAAACAUUUUCCUGUCAGAACUACUUAGACAGAAACAUUUCACACAAACAAAUGUGAAAAUUAACUCUAAAUUUGCUAAUUUGCUGUAUUCCAUAAUGAAUAUAACACACAGAUUACAAUGCUGCGUCUUGACCAAGACUCAGAAACGCUGUCUCAGAUCAAAGGGAGCAAACUCUCGAACGAAUCGCCUCCUUGUGUUCUUCAAAGCCAAGCUGAGUUGUCACAUUUUUUUUCCUUCAUUGCUUGUGCUCUGCAAAUCCUGGAGUGAAACACGUAUCUGUUUCAGGUUCAGCUGCGGUGUUGGAAAGCUAAAUUUGUGCAUGCUUUAGCAUCUGUUUUGCUGUGCAAACGAAUGGGAGGUGGUGGAGUGAUAGCUGUUAAUCCAGUUUCCUUCAUCUUGAUGUGUUUGAAGUGUAAAUACUUUCUGCUGUGUGUAGAAGAGCUGGGACAGGAAGGUUAGCGAUGCAUAUUGGUGAGCUGCUGUUGUGCUGUGACUCCCUGCUGUGGAUGGAUUGAGUCCUCUUGUCUCCUUUUUACUAUUUAAAGUUUAAAUGCAUUAGAAUAAAUUCAAGAGCAUUUCUGGAAUUACUCAAUUGCCUGUGUUUGCUAAAAAAACCAGCUGUUUUCGAAUAAUACCGAAGGGUAUUUAGAGGAUAACUGCAGCCAGCCAUUUUAUUAUCAAAGUAUCCUUCAGAAUCUCAACAUUUCUCAAACAACAGACCAAAACUCAAAUAUUUUAAGUCCACAGCGAUAUAUCAGAAAAGAAGCAAAUCCUCAGAUUUGAGAAGCUAAUGCAUUAAAAAGAGUGGAAGUAGCAGAUCUAUGGCACAGUUUCUACAAAUACUGAGCAGCCGUAGCAGUAUUUAUUACAGAUUUUAGGUACUUAAGUAUAUGUGCUGCAUACAGUGCUGAGAGUAUUGUAAACAAUGGAGUCAGUCUGCUCAAAAACUAUGUAAUGACACCAUUUAUAACCACAAACAUCUUUUUCUGCACUAUAUUCUGUAAAAAGUGCUUUACAUCAGGGACUCUCAAACAUACAUUGGACAAAUUAUUAGCUUGCAUCAGGCAAAGAAAACAACUAAAACGAUUCAUGAAAUUACUAAAAUCAAUUUAGGACCAUCCAGUGUAUUAUUAAAAGCUGGAAGGAUGAUGGUGAACCAUCAUCUUCAAGAAGGAAAUGUGAUCGUGAUCCGAGAUCAAAGCACAACGAUUGGACUCUGAAGCCAUGGACGAAAGGUCAUGUGGUGUGAUGAGUCUGAUGAGAGUGGUUACCCUACCCUGUUGCAGAGUGAUGGAUGCAUCAGGGUAAGAACAGAGGUGGAUGAAGUGCUUACCUUACAGAUCUUUGGGGUAGUGUUAUGAUCUGUGGUUGCUUCAGCUGGUCAGGUCUAGUUUCAGCAAUGUUAUUUACCCAAAAAAGGAGAUCAGCUGACCUAAAUAUACUGAAUGAACUGGUUUUUCCAUCAGUGGACUUUUCUUUCCUAAUGGCACGGGGCGUAUUCCAAGAUGACAAUGCCAGGAUUCAUUGGGCUCAAAUUCUGAAAGAGUGAUUCAGAGAGCAUAAGACGUCAUUUUCACACAUAUAUUGGCCACCGCAGGGUCCACAGCUUAACCCCACCGAGAAUCUCUGGGUGUGUGCUGGAGAAGACUUGACUCAGCCGUUUGACUCUCCCAGCAUCAAUACAAGAUCCUGGCAAAAAAAAAAAUAAUGAAUACAACUCUGGAUGGAAAUAAGUGUUGUAACAUAAGCUUAAUGAAACAAUUCCAAGGUGAAUAUGUGUCAUCAUCAAAGAUAAGGAUUUUUUUUUUGGUCAAGCAAUUGGACAAUAUCUGCUGACUAGUACAAUCAAGCUCUAUAUUUUAGGUAUUUUGUCCAACCCCUGUUUAUUCACUGCUUGGUGUGACACUUUUAAUAUAUCAAAGAAGAGUAUACCCUGGUGUAUUUUAGUAGCUUUAAGUUGGUGUAUUAGAUAUCACAAACAUUCACAAAAUAUGAUCCAUUUCCUUAUACUGUAGUAUUUUCUUGAUUAUGACUCCUGGGAAAACACAAAUAAACUUCCU